CCGUGGCCGCCUCGGGCGGGGGACCAGAGAGGGAGGCGAGUGGGGCUGCGCCCGGCCGGGCCGGACUCGGGGCGCAGGGGCGCCAUGAGGGGGGCCCAGGCCGCUCCUUUCCGCCUGCGGCCUCUGUCAAACCCAUGGCUGCUGUCUCUAUUGUUUCUGCUGUUGAACCGGAUUCGUCCCCAGGGCAGCCCUGGCCCGAUGCAGUGCUACCGAAUUGGACUCUUGGGUGAUUUGAACUGCUCGUGGGAGCCUCUUGGGGACUCAAGAACCCCCUCCACGCUCCACUUUCAGAGCCAGAAGUACAUCUCUCCCUAUAGCCAUCUCAACAGAACCCAGGUGGUGGCAGUGCCCACUGGGCAGAGCUGGGUGACCAUUCCACGGGAACAGUUCACCGAGUUUGACACACUCCUUGUCUGGGGGGCCGAGGCAGAUGGGCCUCUUUGGCCCCCAAUCUCCGUGGACCUAGAAACCCGAGUGAAGCUGGAUGCCCCGCGACUGUGCCCUGACAUAAACUUUUCAGAGGAUGACCCCCUGGAGACCACGGUCCACUGGGCCCCACCCACGUUGCGGCCCCAUCAGAAGGACAUGGUCUGCCAGUUCUACUACCGAAGAUGCCAGGAAGAGGCCUGGACCCUGCUGGAGCCAGAACUGAAGUCCAUACCCCUGACCCCUGUAGAGAUCCAGGACCUGGAGCUAGCCACUGGCUAUGAGAUGUCUGGCCGCUGUCGAAUGCAAGUAGAAGAGGAUCUGUGGGGCGAGUGGAGCCCCAUUCUGUCCUUCCAGACACCGCCCUCUGCUCCAAAAGACAUGUGGGUGUCCGGGAACCUCUGUGGGACAACAGCUGAACAAGAAGCCCUGCUUCUGUGGAAGGCCCCUGGGCCCUGUGUGCAAAUGAGCUACAGAGUCCAGUUCCGGGUUGAAGGUAGGGAGCUGCUCCAGGAAGGGAUCCCCUGCUGCAACUCCUCCAUCCCCGCCCAGGCGGAAUGGGCUGGGGUGUCCGCUGUCAACGCCAGGAACCAGGAGAUCUUCACCAACCUCUCUUUGGCCUGUUCAGGCUCUGCCCCCCAUGAUGUGGCGGUCAGCAGCACCUCUGACAGCAAGGAGCUGCUGGUGACCUGGCAGCAGGGAGCCGGGGAGCUGUGGGAGCACGUGGUGGACUGGGCUCGAGACGGGGAUCCCCCGGAGAACCUCAGCUGGGUCUGGCUUCCCCCUGGGAAUCUCAGUGUCCUGUUGCCAGGGAAUUUCGAGAAAGGAGUCCCCUAUCAGAUCAGAGUGACCACAGUCUCUCCUUGGGGCUUGUCUCCUGCCCCCUCAGUCUGGGGGUUCGUAGAGGAACUAGCACCUCUAAUGGGGCCAGAGCUUUGGCGACUCCAGGAUGCACCCUCAGGGAUCCCCACCAUAGCAUGGGGAGAGGUCCCACGGCACCAACUCCGGGGCCACCUCACCCACUACACCUUGUGUGUGAAGAGUGAAACCAGGUCCCUCGUCUGCUUGAAUGUGAGUGGUGGCACCCAGAAUGUCACCCUGCCAAACCUUCACUGGGGUACUUGCGAGCUGUGGAUGACUGCAUCCACCAUAGCAGGACAGGGCCCACCUGGACCCAGCAUCCAGCUGCACCUACCAGAUAACACACUGAAGUGGAAAGUUCUGCCAGGUGUCCUACUCCUAUGCGGUGUGCCCCUGAUGGGCCUGGUCCUGGCCACCUCUGGAAGGUGCGUCCAUCUUUGGCACAAGGUGCUGCCCCACUGGGUCUGGGAGAAGGUUCCAGAUCCAGCCAAGAGCAAUUCUGUCCAGCCCCACAUCGAGGAGGGGCUCCAGGCCCAGCCCCUUGUGGACGUGCCCAUCCUGGAGGUGCAGGAAAUAGAGCCACUGCCAGGUAUGGAGCCCUCCCAGCCCCCUGCCGCACUUGACUCUGGGUAUGAGAAACACUUCCUGCCCACACCUGAAGAGCUGGGCCUGCUGGCGACCCCCAGACCUCAGGUUCUGGCUUGAAUCUUACCUCAGGCUGGGGGCUACAGGCCACAUCACAGGGCUGCUCACCCCAGCCCUAGAUCAGCCCUGUUGACAGAUGAAGACACUGAGGCUCAAAGUCAUUUGCCUGAGGGCACCCAGCCAGGAAAAGCUGGGAUUGAAGGACCCCCACGGUGAAGGGCCGGCCCUAAUAGGGACUACAGUGGGUGAACAAAGGAGUAAAGGAAAAUGUAUGAAAUCCAGAGCAUCAGUUGCCUCUCAAAGUCUGUACUUCUGCUGUAACAGAACUGGAGUUAGGUACAAUUGCCAGCCUCCCUUGCAGCUAGGUGCAGCAAUGGACUGAGUUCUCACCAAUAGAACAGACGUGUGCCACUUCACCUCCCAUCCCGUCUGGUGGGUCUUAAAACACUGGGUGGGGACUCCUCCACGUUCUCCUCCCUUUCCCAUGAGCCGGAGAAUCAACGUGCCCUUGAUCCAGCUUUGACCAUGCCAAGGAGAGGGUGGGGCAAGAAGUGGAAAGGAACCUAAGUCUCUGACUGACCACAUGGAUCAGAGCCAGUGGAGAAAUAAACUUUCAUAUUUUUAUAGCUACUGUAGCUUGAGGUCU